AUGACGAGGAUUAAUAGAGGCACUGGAGUUGGAUAUGGUAGCAGGUCAAGUUUCAGAUUCCGCUGGCCAAACAAGGCCUCAGAAUUUAUAGUCCCUCCUCUAUAUGCAAAUCAGAUUGAUCCUGCGCAAGUCCAGGGCGAGCGACCCUCCAUCGGCGAAUUUACCAGCUUUCUUAAUGUUGACAUUGAUUCGGUUAUCAAUUGGGAGCCCAAACUGGCUCUGAUUUUACGAAUCAGCUGUUCUGAUAAAUUCCCAUUUUUUAAUGCAGUUAAACUGGUCCGAAGUAAUGGCCGACAAUUAUUGGCCAGAAGCUUUCACCAAACUACAAAAUCAAACAUGCGCAUCCUACCCAUCCCAAUUCGAUCCGACAACUACAUGUACCUCCUUGUAGAACAACAGCAGAGUGUCGGGAACUCUACCAUUGGUCAAACGAACAAGCUCAAAGCUCUUCUAGUAGACCCAGCUGAUCCCAAGGCAUUAGCAAAGGCUCAUGCAGCUGCCGGAGAAGCAAACAUGGAUGUCGACAUUGUCGGCAUACUGACGACGCAUCACCACGAAGACCACGCCGGUGGAAACGAUAUUAUCGCCGAGGCACUACCCUCAAUUCCAAUCAUCGGUGGUGCCCCAGACAGCGGUGGGCAGUCAAAGGUACGAGGAGCAACCCGUACUGUCAAGGAUAAUGACGAGGUUACUCUUGGAGAGUCCAUAAAGAUCAGGGAGAUCAAAAGGCCGUGUUUACUGGGUACACCCGCGGAAAUGCAUAAAGCAUUGUCGUAUUUGGGUACAUUACCGGACGAUACCGUUGUGUACAAUGGGCACGAAUAUACGACUGGCAAUCUCAAGUUUGCCAAAUCAGUCGAUGCAGAUAACGAAGGAGUAUCUCGACUUCAAUCACUUUGCGACGCGAACAAAAUCACCACGGGCAAAAGUACCAUUGGCGACGAAAAGGAAUGGAAUGUCUUCAUGCGCCUAGAUAGCGAGGCAAUCAAGGAAGCUACAGGGAAAACAGAUCCAUCCGAGGUGAUGGGCAAGCUAAGGGAGAUGAAGAACGCAAUUACCGAGGAGAGAGAUGAGGAUUCCGAGAGUGUAGAGCACUUCAAGGUGACUGGAAAGGGACUGGAGACAGGAGAGCGCCAAGUGGGAAGAGUGAUCGACUCACCAACCAACGAAUCCAUAAAGCCUCUGGGUACGAGAGAGCUUGAGGAACGCAAACGCGCUCUCUCCUUCAAACAUUUGGCUGAAGAACUGGACAGGGAGCAAAGUAACACGCGUAUACCCCGUUCGGACUUUUUGGGUUCGGGGAGAGGAGAAAUGAGGGCUGGACCUGCAGCGCUAAAAAAGGGGGAGCGAAAGAUAACUCGAAGUUCAACGUCGAUACAACCGUCAGAGAGAGAUCGUGGUGGCAGAAAGCAAAGUCGUAAGAGAGGCUAUUAUGGGCCCUCUCAGCGACACUGCUUUCAGGACGACACUACUGCGCCCACAAUUCAUUCAUUAUGCCAACUCGUUCCCGUACCGCAGUGCAAAACUCAACGGACACGUAGCAAAACGAGCUCGAGUACGACGAUCGAUUUAUACUAG